AUGACCAGUUUGCAAGACUGUAACAACCACGAGAUGAACGAGAAAUGUUCAACAUGGGAAAUGAUUGACCCUUGUCUUAAUGGGGGCACAUUGAUCAACAAUAUCUGUGUCUGUCCUUUACCCUACAAAGGGGUUAGAUGUCAGUUUUAUCAACCUGUUUCCUGCUUAGAAAUUUGUCAGAUGUCUCUGAAUAAAAACCAGACGGUUGUCAGCCAGAUGUAUUUUUUGUAUACCUCAACCCAGAAGCGAAUUGAGGUGUUCUGCGACUUCAAAAAUGAAACAUUCGGGACCAUGUUUAUCCCAAGGUCCUCUCUUUUUCAACUUACACAAUCUGAAUUCAAGGAAUUUGUACCAGACAGCAAGGAAUUCAUCUUUCGAGAGAGACUGGAUAAUCAAGAAGAGAAUGAGGCUAUUAUUAGUACACUGCCAAGUUUUCAGGGCCAACCUUGGACAAUUACCUUAAGAGCAGACACUACAAAAUUUGAUCUUCUACCACAGGAACCCAAAAGCCCAUAUAUAUAUAUUGGAGGAAUCCCACGUGAUAAAAUUGCGGAAGCUAAAAAAUUCAUAUCAAGUGCAUGGCAUGGUGUUUGCAUAAAGAUUUUAUAUCCAUCAUUGGAAUUGCUCCAGGAUUUAUAUUCAGAUAAUAAGGCCAGGACAAAAUCUGUGUUUUCCCAACGUAUUGCAACUGCCACCACCGCCACCACCAAAAAUGGCAUCAGCUUUAUUACAUCGCUUUAA